AUGAAUUUAAUAAAUGGAUGCCAGAAAUAUUGUGAUUAUAGUUAAUGCAGAAGCUGUUAAUUAAAUAGAGAAAAUUAAAAUGGGAACUGUUUGUGCUAAUACAAGACAUCAGAUGAAUCAAAACGCAAUGAACCUUGCAAUAGCUUAGUUAGUAUAGCUUGUGUAAAUAGUUUUGCAUAACUUGCCCUGAUGGUAUAUAGCCUCCUUGUAUUUCUCCAAUUCUAAAAUGCGAUGAGCAGAUGGUAGGUACUAACUAAAUGUUGAUAACUUUUACGUUGUCGAAUUCAAUGUUCAUAUGAUCGUACAUUUCAAUCAGAGUCAAGUGUUUGCAACGCUUGCUCCUUGAUUUAAUUCAAGAAUUCAAAUACUUGCGAAAAUGUUAGGAACCUUGUUUAAAUUGUUAAGCAUCAGCAACUCAUUGCCUUGAUUGUAUAAUAGGGUAUUAUUAUCUAUCUGAUAAUGUUUGUUCUUAAUGUAUCCUUAAACAAUGUAAAGUGUGUGUGAGUGCAAUUGAAUGCAUUCUUUACAAUGAUGGUUAUACAUUAAAUGAUCUAAAUUUGUGAAUAACAAACUCAAAACAUGUGAGGUUGGUUUUUAUUGUGGAAAAAAACUGAUUAACGUUAUCCUUGUUUAGAUUGUAAAAAAAUACAACAAUUUAGUUGUAUGUAUAUCCUGCUUUAUGGUAAGCUUCUAGAUUCAUAAUAUGAGUGUCGAUUAUGUGCAAAUGAUUAAAUAAAUCGUCCCAUCUAUAUCCAUGCAUAAAAUGUACAAUAUACAAAACAAAUUGUUAAUUGUGUGUUUACAGACAUUAUUUGGAAGGUAACGAAUGCAAAUUCUGUUAAAAAGGAUUCUUUCUUUGUGCAUAUGAAAAUAAUUGUUAAUAAUCCUAAACAGGUUAGAUUUUAUCAUUCGACUAGUAUGUAAGGUGUGAGGCCAAUUGUUAUUUCUGUGACUCCUAAGUGGAUUGUUAUGAAUGCUAAGUUGGAUAUUACCCAACUAAUUUAUUUCUAGUUUAAUGCGAGAAAUGUGACGUUGAUUAAUAUGCUAUUUGUACAUUGGCUUUGA